AUGGUUGACGUCCGCACGGCGGAUGUUGUGAUGCGCCUGGUCAAGUCCAAGGCAGCGAGGAAUGACAUGAAGUUCGGCACCCAAUGGAAUGACGACGAAGCCGUCGUGGAGGCUGUGAAGAUGGAGAUCGCGCACCGUGAGUUCGAAGCGUCGAUCCGUGAGACUUUGUCGGGAAUGAACGGAGCUAGCUUGAGCCAGGAAGCGGUGGAGGAGUUUGCGGCCAAGAUGAAAGCCAUGGCCGAGAUGUGUGGCAAGGGCAAAGAAGGAGCAGAGCUUGUGAAGGAGGAGCUCAGCAUCAUGAAAAGCGGCAGCGAGAUGUCCACCAUGGAAUCCACGAUGGCGCACGAAAUGGCGAGCUACGUCGACGAGCUCUGCCAGGUUCAGGUCAUGGACGUGGACUUCUUUGUGGGAAAGUUUGGACAUGCCACUGAUUGCAACGAGCUGAUUGGCAUGUCCCUGGUGUCGAAAAUGCACAAGGAAACUCAGAAGCUGGACUACUUUGCAAAGUCCAGCCUGGUCUUGCACGACGAGGAAAACGGCGUGGGGGAUCACUUCGUGAAGCUUCUCAAGGGCGAGACGGACGAAAACACCAAUGUUGCCAGUUUCAAAGCGCUCCUGCAUAAUGCCACACAGAAAAGUGCAGAGUCUCUGAGCUGCAGUAGGCGGAUUCAGGGUUUGGGGUUGAGGAGAAAUUGGUCGAGGAUGGAGGUUCAAAGGGAUCAUGCGCACCCCGUCGCCUAA